UUGGUAGCACCAGCUAUCAAGGCUUGCUCAGCCUCCAUCGCUGCAGAACAGCUUUAAGUUGUUAACCCAUGCUGUGUUUCCUGAAAAAGCCUUUUGGUAUAAACCUGAAAUGUACAUUAUUUUUCACUUUUGGGAAACCUUUUUUUAAACUGCUGCUUUCCAAAUGAGUUCAAGAACGUCAGGUUGUUUGGAGGAAGAGGAUGGAGAAGAAGAGGAAGAAGAAGAAAACUACAACCCGACAGAGGUGAAAAUGAGUCAGAUUGUGAUGCCCUGUCACAGCAACCAUCGGCAGGAGCUCAGCGUGGGACAGCUGCUCAAAUGGAUCGACUCCACUGCCUGCCUCUCUGCUGAGAGGCACGCUGGAAGUCCCUGCGUCACUGCUUCGAUGGAUGACAUCCACUUUGAGCAUACCAUCAGCGUGGGUCAGGUGGUGAAUAUCAGGGCAAAGGUCAACAGAGCCUUUAACACCAGCAUGGAGGUGGGCAUACAGGUAAACUGUGAGGACCUGUUCUCUGAUCGUCAUUGGAGGGUUUGUCAUGCCUACGCCACCUUUGUUACCCAGCGCACAAGCACAGGACAAAAGGUGACCUUGAAGCCCAUUGUUCCUCACACGCAGAAGGAGCAGGUUGAAUACAGCGUGGCCGCUGAAAGGCGGAGGGUCCGAAUGGUGCACGAUGACAUCAUCAAGGAUUUGCUUUCCAAUGAGUCUGUGCAGCAGGUUGACAGCUCAGUGGGACCCAAUGCAGUGGCAGCAGAGAGGACUCGGGUGGAAAGUGUGGAGCUGGUUCUGCCUCCACAUGCAAACCAUCAGGUAAAUACAUUUGGAGGGCAGAUCAUGGCCUGGAUGGUGAAUGUAGCUACAAUCGCUGCCAGUCGUCUGUCUCAGGCUCAUCCCACCCUCCGAGCCAUUGACAUGUUCACCUUCAGAGGACCUUCUCAGGUGGGAGACAGAUUGCUGCUGAAGGCUAUAGUGAACAACGCCUUCAGAAACAGCAUGGAGGUGGGCGUGCGUGCGGAGGCCUACCAUGAGGAGGGGCCUAACCGACACAUAAACUCUGCCUUCAUGACCUUUGAGGUGCUCGAUGAUGGCGGGAAGCCACGCACAUUACCACGGAUACGACCUGAACCCCUGGAAGGACGAAGGAGGUUUCAGGAGGCAACAGCCAGGAAAAAGAUCAGGCUGGACAGGAAGUACAUCAUUUCCCGCACGCAGGGUGAGGUGCCUCUGUCUGUUCCCUGGGAUCCCACCAACCAGGUGUAUCUGAGCUAUAACAAUGUCUCAGCUCUGAAGAUGCUGGCAGCCAGAAGCAACUGGCGCCUCAGCUGUGAGAAGGACCAGGUUCAGCUUUACACCCUGGAGCAGAAGUCCAUGCUGAGUUUCAAGAUUGAAUGUGAGGUGGAUGUUCCUGCUCACAGAGCCUUCGAUUUACUCGCUGAGCUGAGCAACAGGCCGAGUUGGGACUCGCAUUACAAGAAGUGCGAGCUGAUUCAGCUGGUCGACGACGAUGACUUCAUAUAUCGUGUGGUGACUCCAUCGGUGCGUCAUGGCGCGAUGGGAUCUCCCACUGCAGCCAAUCAGGCAGAAGGGAUGCUCCAGGACUUCAUCUUGUUGGCUUCCAAAAGGAAGCCAUGUGGCAGCGGAGACCCAUAUGUCAUCGCCCUACGCUCAGUGUCCCUACCCACUCACCCUCCCACUGACGGCUAUAACAGAGGAGAGGUUCUGUGUGCUGGAUUCACCAUACUGGAGACCAAAGACAACAUGUCACUGAUCAGUUACUUUAACCAGGCGUCUCCGGAGGUCCUUCCCUACAUCUCCACUGAUAUUGCCGGCCUGUCCUCCUCUUUCUACCACACCUUCUGCUCCUGCAGCCAGUACUUGACCAGGAACAGACUGUGACAGUGGCAGCAGCCUGUCAGAGGCUCUCCUCAGCACCACUGUAGGGACAGCCUGCUUGGUUUAUAUGGUGGGAAAACUUUAUGAUAAUUUCAUGGAUUGAUACAAAAGUCAUUAGCAGUAAAAAUCUUCUUGUUAAGUGAGUAAAAGCAGCCGCUGUGUCAGUUACUGUGUUGGGUCAGUUAAGCUGCUGUUCAUGUUUGUAAGUUAAAGGUACAUGAAUGUAACAGAGUGCAGGUGUGGGUUGCUGAGGUAGAAUGCAGGUUCAUUUUAACACUAUAACUGUUUGUUGCAAUUAGUUCAACAUAACAUGCUGGUUUGAAAAACAUGAAUAUUGACUUUUUCCACUGAACUUCAAUAAAGUAUUGUGUUGUA